UGACAACCUGGAGCUGAAGAAGCUGGUAUACCUCUACCUGAUGAAUUAUGCCAAGAGUCGGCCUGACAUGGCUAUUAUGGCCGUCAACACCUUUGUGAAGGACUGUGAGGACCCCAACCCCCUCAUCCGAGCCCUGGCGGUGCGGACCAUGGGCUGCAUCCGCGUUGACAAGAUCACAGAGUACCUGUGUGAGCCACUCCGGAAGUGCCUGAAGGAUGAGGAUCCAUACGUGCGCAAGACAGCAGCUGUGUGCGUGGCCAAGCUUCACGACAUCAACGCCCAGCUGGUGGAGGACCAGGGCUUCCUGGACACCCUUAAAGACCUCAUCUCUGACUCUAACCCCAUGGCGGUGGCCAAUGCUGUAGCAGCGCUCUCGGAAAUCACGGAGUCUCACCCCGGCAGCAGUCUGCUCGAUCUGAACCCACAGUCCAUCAACAAGCUCCUGACAGCCCUGAAUGAGUGCACCGAGUGGGGCCAGAUCUUCAUCCUGGACUGCCUGGCCAACUAUACGCCCAAGGACGACCGUGAGGCCCAGAGCAUCUGUGAGCGGGUCACACCCAGGCUCUCCCACGCCAACUCUGCUGUGGUGCUCUCUGCUGUGAAGGUGCUGAUGAAGUUCAUGGAGAUGUUGUCCAAGGACCUGGACUACUACGGCACACUUCUCAAGAAGCUGGCCCCACCCCUGGUCACACUGCUGUCGGCCGAGCCGGAGCUGCAGUACGUGGCUCUGCGCAACAUCAAUCUCAUCGUGCAGAAAAGGCCUGAGAUCUUGAAGCACGAGAUGAAGGUGUUCUUCGUGAAGUACAACGACCCUAUAUACGUGAAGCUGGAGAAGCUGGACAUCAUGAUCUGCCUGGCCUCCCAGGCCAACAUCGCCCAGGUAUUGGCAGAGCUGAAAGAGUAUGCAACGGAAGUGGAUGUGGACUUUGUACGGAAGGCUGUGCGUGCCAUUGGCCGCUGCGCCAUCAAGGUGGAGCAAUCUGCGGAGCGCUGUGUGAGCACGCUGCUCGACCUCAUCCAGACCAAGGUCAACUAUGUAGUCCAGGAGGCCAUCGUGGUCAUCAAGGACAUCUUCCGCAAGUACCCCAACAAGUAUGAGAGUGUGAUUGCCACGCUGUGUGAGAACCUGGACUCGCUGGAUGAGCCUGAGGCCCGGGCUGCCAUGAUCUGGAUCGUGGGCGAGUAUGCGGAGCGGAUCGACAAUGCAGAUGAGCUGCUGGAGAGCUUCCUAGAGGGCUUCCAUGAUGAGAGCACCCAGGUCCAGUUGCAGCUGCUGACCGCCAUCGUGAAACUCUUCCUGAAGAAGCCAACAGAAACACAGGAGCUAGUGCAGCAGGUCCUCAGUUUGGCCACUCAGGACUCAGAUAACCCGGACCUGCGGGACCGUGGCUACAUCUACUGGCGCCUGCUCUCCACGGACCCAGUGGCAGCCAAGGAGGUGGUGCUGGCGGAGAAGCCGCUCAUCUCUGAAGAGACAGACCUCAUCGAGCCCACGCUGCUGGACGAGCUCCUCUGCUACGUCGGCACGCUGGCCUCCGUCUACCAUAAGCCUCCCAGUGCCUUUGUGGAGGGGGGCCGGGGCGUCGUACACAAGAGCCUGCCACCCCGCACUGCCUCGAAUGAGAGCACAGAGAGCCCCGAGACGGCCCCUGCUGGAGCACCUCCCGGGGAGCAGCCAGAUGUCAUCCCCGCCCAGGGCGACCUGCUGGGUGACCUCCUCAACCUGGACCUCGGCCCCCCGGUGAGCGGCCCGCCCCUGGCCACCUCCUCAGUGCAGAUGGGAGCUGUAGACCUUCUUGGCGGUGGCCUUGACAGCCUGAUGGGGGAUGAGCCUGAAGGGAUUGGGGGCACCAACUUCGUGGCACCUCCAACAGCAUCAGUACCAGCCAAUCUUGGAGCACCCAUCGGCAGUGGCCUGAGUGACCUCUUUGACCUAACCAGUGGCGUGGGCACCCUGUCAGGAUCAUAUGUGGCCCCCAGAGCAGUCUGGCUCCCAGCCAUGAAGGCCAAGGGGCUAGAGAUCUCAGGCACCUUCACCCGCCAGGUGGGCUCCAUCUCCAUGGACCUGCAGCUGACCAACAAGGCCUUGCAGGUCAUGACCGACUUUGCCAUCCAGUUCAACCGCAACAGCUUUGGCCUGGCCCCCGCCGCCCCCCUCCAGGUCCACGCGCCACUCAGCCCCAACCAGACAGUGGAGAUCUCCCUGCCUCUCAGCACGGUGGGCUCGGUCAUGAAGAUGGAGCCCCUGAACAACCUCCAGGUGGCUGUGAAGAACAACAUCGAUGUCUUCUACUUCAGCACCUUGUACCCACUGCACAUUCUCUUUGUGGAGGAUGGGAAGAUGGACCGGCAGAUGUUCCUGGCCACAUGGAAGGAUAUUCCCAAUGAGAAUGAGGCCCAGUUCCAGAUCAGAGACUGUCCUCUCAAUGCAGAGGCUGCGAGCAGCAAGCUGCAGAGCAGCAACAUCUUCACCAUCGCCAAGAGGAACGUGGAGGGCCAGGACAUGCUCUACCAGUCCCUGAAGCUGACCAACGGCAUCUGGGUGCUGGCGGAGCUGCGGAUCCAGCCGGGCAACCCCAGCUGCACGGUGAGAGCCCCAGCACCCGCUGCCCUGUGGCCUUGGAGCCUCCUCUCCCUUCCAGGCCAGGAGCUGGCUCUGGUGGAGGACGUGGUCCAAGCGUCCCUUCAAGCCUGGCUUGAACCAGAAUCAGUUCUGUCCCUGGGAAGGACCUUUCUAGAAAGCUUCCAACUCAACCCCGUCAAGUUACCCAGAUAAGACACCAGUUGGGUAUGAGAACAGUGAGUUGGACUAGAAGACUGUGUAAAAUUGGGCCCUGGGAGGUGGUGCAGUUGGCUGGGCACCCCCUGACUGGGAAGUGGCAUUGCUGGGCACAGGCCCUGACCCUGCCCUGUGAGUGCCUGCAUGUCCGGCUGGGAGGACAUUGGUUCCCAGGAGCCCGAGCUUCCCAGGCCUUGAGGCAGACCCGUCAGGGGUGGCUUCCCUGGGGCACGAAGUUAUCCUGGAGGCCUGCGCUGCCUUUCCAGGGCCCUGGACAGCCCCAUGCUCUGCUUCUCCCCUGCACCCCUGAGUCUCUGGCAGGCGUGGUCCUCCAGACACUGCCCCUCCUGGGCCCUGCUGGCAGCGCUGGUUGGUGGGGGGCUGCCGUGUGGCUUCGGUGGUGGUAACUUCCGUCUCCGUGUUUGGUUGCUGCAUGUCACCUUCCCCGCUGGUGCCCGUGGUACAGGACUUAGAGGUUAGCAGAUCACUUUCUCUUUCCUCAUCUGUCCUCCCCAGCCUCGGCUCCUGUCCUGGCCCCCAUGCACCCCAUCUCACCUGGCAGGCUCCAUCCAGGUGGCCCUGAUUGAGGUGCUGACACCCCACUUCCACACAUUGACACUGUGCACAGAGCCCUUCCUAGGAGGCCCGGAGGAGCCCCACGGGCUGCUGCUGACCUGUGGAACUCCACUGUUCCCACUUCCUGACUGCACCCUGCAGAACCAGUGCUUUAGAGUGGAUGGGUGGGGGCUCCUCCCUCCUCUGCCUGUGAUCUCA